AUGAUGCAGAUUCAUUUGCCUGAGGCAUUCGACUCCAACAUUGACGAAAUUCAUUCUGUUAAAACAACAGAAAGCCUUUCACUCGACCCGCAAUACAUGCAAUCCGCGUGUCUUUACUGCAACAAAUCCAAAGGACUUCUCACCCAACUUCCCACCGGAUCUUUGGCGCAUGUAUUUUGCCGAGAAAACAGGCCAUGCUGUAUCUGCGGGAUUCCUUUCAUGUGCCUUCAAUGCAAGCAGCCUGACUGCCCCCGAGUUUUCCAUACAUUCUGCCUGAAGAAAAUCCAUCCUUUUCUCCCCUCUUCUGACCUCCUGACAUUUUGCGACCUUCACUCUAUAAGCCUAGUCAAGAAAAAACGAUACUUAAAGAUAAGCUCAGCUAAGCAGACUAUUUCAAGAAUAGGGCUUAAUGAAGGCGUCUUAAGGGCAAUAAGGGCACUGCAAGGGAAACAUAAGCAAGAAAACGUUUGUUCUGGAAAUUUGUUAUGACUUAAUGUGGGAAUGGAAUUUUUCCAUAACCCUGCUUCGCUGCGAGAACUCCCAAGAUUCGAUGUAAAAGAAGACGUAGUCCAGGAUUACCCGAGCUUUCAUCGUGACAAUUAUGUGGAGGUUAUGAUUAAUAACUACGAAAAAGAUCUGGCAGAUGUAAAAAAAGAAAAGGAGAAGAUUUGGGAAACAAUCAGAGUUUUGGAAGGUACUGAGUUUGUGAGUUCACCGUAUGAUUCAAUUUUGAGUGAAAUCAAAUCGCUUAGAUUUAGAGAAAUUCAUGAAAACUACUUGAGAUUUGUUGAGUCGAAAUCAAAACUCAAUGUAAUAGAUAACAACAUUACAGAAGUUAAGUGCCCAGAUGAGGUUGAUUUUCUAUUUUGUGAAAAUUCGAAUAGUUCUACUAUGUAUGGAGAAGGUUCUAAAACUUCUGGCAAGGGAAAAUCAAGCGGCCAGGAGCCGGAAAAAGACUAUGUCUGCCAAGUUUGUGGAGAUGGGGAUUACGAAGAUGAUGAUUUAAUUGUUAUAUGCUCGAAAUGUGAUAUGAGUGUGCAUGCAAAGUGCUAUGGGAUUAUUUCUGUCCCUGACGGUGAGUGGUAUUGCAAAGCUUGUGAAGAAAAUAAAGAUCAGAAAUCACUCCGAUGCGCUUUGUGUCCAAUCAAAGGAGGUGCGUUAAAGCCGACGAUCAAUUACACAACUUGUUUUGAUAUAUACCCAAAUUACUCUUGGAAUCACAAUAUUAAAAAUGUCAGUUAGGGAUAUAGCUUUUUGCCUUGAGUGGCGCGGUAUGGGCGCCACUCAAGGCAAAAAAGCAUAGGUCCUAGCUCCUGCUCAAACAGGAUGGACCUAUAUACCGAGCUUAGUGAGAGAAUUCAAUAUUCUUGAGAGCUUCGGCUUCGAAGAGAAGGGUCGCUGCUGUGUCUGACACUGACUAGAGAAAGUCUUAAUGGGCUUAUUAACUUUAAAGGUUCGACGGUUAGGCCGGUUCACCUACCGUUGUUCAGAGCUAUUAAUUUAGCUGAACCUCAAGCAAGGGGACUUUAUAGGCAUUCAAAAUGCUCGAGAAUUUCAUUAAACUUAAACUUAAACUCUUGGAAUGGCCAAUCAGAGAAAAUUUGGGUACACUUAUAUUGUAUUAUGAAUGUGUCACCUUCUUCGGUUGGAGAUAGAGCUUCUAUGACAAAUAUUGACAUUUCCAGCAUUGAUAGGCAAAAAUUCCUAUUAAAAUGUAGUAGUUGCAAUACGUCAACUGGCGCAGCGAUUCAAUGUCAGCAUGCAAAAUGCCCAACAUGCUUCCACCCGAUAUGCAUAAAGCAGAAAUUACAUAGCGCAGGAUAUGAUAAAGACAGCUCAUACUGCUUAAAGCAUAAACCUUUAAAGCUAAAAAAACUAAUAGACACCAAAGAAAAAAAGGUUCUUGACAGCAUUUUUAGCUUCAUUAAAUUAUAUGAAAAAUACGAAGCAAGAUUCCAGAAAACCGAACCCCUGGAAAUAGCUAAAAAGCGAUCUCAAGAUGGAAAACCUUUUAGCUGCGAAGAAAAGAUAAAACUAAUUAAUUUGAUUGAAGAAAGACUAAAGGAAGAAAAGAAAAAAGGAUUUAGCUUUAUGUUUAAAACAAACCAGCCUCAAAAAAUUUUGAGGUGUAAAAUUGAUAUAAGUGUUCCUGAAUUUUUUACGAUAUUAGAUCCGCAAAUAAUUUUGGCUGAAAAAUUAGCGAUUCCUGGAAGACGUCCCGAGGACUGCAUUAAAUGCUAUACAGAUUCAAUACUUCCUGUUCUUAAAAAAGAAUUGCAAGUCCUUCUAUAUCCCCAAAAGAUUUUCAAACUUUCCAGCACCGUCAAGAAAAGAUUAAGGGCAGAAAAGAAAACAAAGCAGAGGGUAAGCCCAUUUUUACUUACAAAUCAGCCAGUUUUAAAUGAUUUAAUUAGUCCAGAACUUCACUGCAUAUGUAGACAACCUUUCGUUGAAGCCGCACCUAUGAAGCCUGGUGAGUCCGAAGAAGAGUACAAUAAAAGAAUAAAGGAAAAUGAAAUGAUUUCUUGUGAUCAAUGCACAGAAUGGUUUCAUUUGACUUGUAUAAAUAUAUUCAUAGCAAUUUAAAUUUAUUUUAAUUUAAAAAAUAAAGAAUAUUUAUUGCUACUAAAUGGUAUAUAUAAAUCUGACAACAUCCCAGAGACUUUCUUAUGCUCAAAGUGCAAUCCAAAGAGAAGAGAACUGUGUGAAUAG